AUGGAGUUUGUGGACAAGAUGCUGACGGAGGCGGACUGCAUCAUUCUACGGGACGAAGGCCGGGUUACCGAUGAGGGGGCAGUGGUGCAGGAGAGGAACGCUGCUAUGGGAGAGGGGAGGCAAGCUCCGGUCACUCGCCCUGUGGAGGACGCACGGGUUACGGAGAUGAUGAGGCGACUGGCGACAUUGAAUAAUGAUGUGAGGUACCUGGACGCCAGCUUCACCGUACUCGCCAACUUUGUAGGGCUGAGGCGGGACGAGGUGGUGACAGCUGCAACCCAACUACUGCUGCAUGGGGGUCACGCGGGGACCGGCGUGAAAGCAGAGGCGGGUGGCACCAAGAAUGCUCCACGCACUCCACAGCGUCCGUCUGCACAUAAGGGGCGGGAUGACAGCAGUCCUGAGGAGGAUGGCGUGCGCAAUGCCACCCGGGUUGUGCUGGCCUCCACGUUCGCUGCAUGUGAGCCGACAUCGACCUUGCUGCAGAACCCGCACCUUGCGCACGGGACCAUACCUCACUGGAUGUUCACGCGUGGGAUGCACCAGUUUGGGGCGGGUGUGCCAGCUGGAGCUGGCGUGUGGGGAGACACGCGAGGGAAGGAGACGGUGAAGGCCGAAGAGGAGGAGGAUCUCGUGUCAGACAUAGACGAUGAGGAGGAUGAUGACGAAGCGUGUGCCUCCAAAUACACGGGUGUGAAGUUGGAUAAAGCGUCCGGCAAGUACGGCAUGAAGAUCCUGAUUAAGGAAGGUGGAAAGUGUAAGCAGCAGCGGCUGGGAGCGUACACCACGGAGGAAGAGGGGGCGUUCGCGUACGCCGCAGGUGCGUUCGUGCUGAGGCCACGUGACAAGAUACCCAACACGGUCAGCCUAUCAGCCGCAGAGAAGGCGAUGCUGCGUGGUUGCACCAAAGAAGAUUUGCAGAUCCUGGUGGAAGCGCGGAAGUGGUGGAGGUGGAGGAGCUGGCAGGAGGCGCUGGAUAGCGUGAGCAGCAAGCUGAAACGUGGCAGGAAGCGUGGGGGUGCCACAGGUACAUCAAAGAGGCACAGGGUGGUGGAUAGCAACACCAUGGCUACCAACGAACCAGAGGUCCCCGACAAUGCGGAGAGUGGGGGGACGGCCCCCGUGAGCGAGCAGGGCGGGGGUGCAAAGAACAAUGAGCAGGAAGAGCGAGGGGAAGACACUGGUGCACAUGAGAAUACGGGUGGAGGCCGGUCGCGACGUGUCUCACUCCCGCUGGCGUACCUGCGAGCGUCGUACCAGCUGACGAUGCCGCGAGGUCGUCUGUCGAACGGGAAACGUGGGGCGGCCAUUCCUAAGCGCCUGAGCUUAGCCAAGAAGGGAAAGGAGGUGGUGCAGCCGGAGCAAGGCCCCGUCGCCCUACCCUCGCGACCCCGCGGCCCCACCCUCGCGGCGCCGGUCGCCACCCUUCGUGGCCUCGCCGCCGCCCUUAGCGGCCUCGUCGCCGCCCCACCCGGCCCCGCCGCCGUCCCUUCAGCGGCUCUGCCGCCCUUCACGGCCCCGCCGUCACCACCGAGCAGCCGAGCCGCCGUUGCCGCCGAGCUGCCGAGCCGCCGAGCUUACGAGCCGCCGUUGCCGCUCUGCCGCCGAGCCGCCGUUGCCGCCGUUGCCGCCGAGCCGCCGAUGCCGCCGAGCUGA